UUGAAGGCGCUAAGAGCGGAAGUGAGGUCACGUUGUUGGAGUGGAGCGAAGGUUUUGAAAAGAAGAAACUGCGCAUGCGCUGAUUUUUUGUUGUCAUAGCAACCGGAGUAGUGGAUCAACAUGGCGGCUAAAGGAACAACAGUAAAAGAUGCACUGGCCAAAUGGGAGGAGAAGACCGGGGAGAAGUGCGCCGAGGCCACGGUGGUCAAGUUGUACAAUCAGAUCCCCCCCAUCGAGAAGCUGGACAACACUCUCAACAAAAUACCCAAAUGCGAAAAGCUGUGUUUGUCCACAAACUGCAUCGACAAAAUAACCAACCUGGGAGAACUGAAAAACCUGAGAGUUUUGUCAUUAGGGAGAAAUAACAUCAAGGCCUUCACUGGCCUGGACGCAGUUGGGGGCACGUUAGAAGAGUUGUGGAUCUCCUACAACCUCAUCGAGAAGAUGAAGGGAGUUCACCUGAUGAAGAAACUUCGCGUUCUCUACAUGUCCAACAACCUGGUGAAAGAUUGGGGAGAGUUUUCCAAGCUGGCCGACCUACCAUGUCUCGUAGACCUGUUGUUUGUGGGGAACCCUCUGGAAGACAAGAACACCGCUGAAGGGAUAUGGGUCGACGAAGCUACCAAAAGAUUACCCGGUCUGAAAAAACUGGAUGGCACCCCGGUCAUCAAACAAGUCGGGGAUGAAGACGAAGACGGCUGAGGGGCUUUAAGACUGUAAUGCAGCAGAACUACCGACCUUUAAAUCCACGCAAGAUUAAAUACUGUAAUCCACUUAGUAUCGGACUGAUACCAACGCCUGCUGCUGUUUGUGAGACUCGAACCACCUUCCAGAAUGAUAUUUUUUUUAAAGCGUAGCUAUCAAUGCAAAGAAAAAAUGUUGAUUUGA